AUUCUACUGAAAGCAGUUUUGCUGCUUUCAUUUUUAUAUAAAUUGCUGAUUUUGUCAAAAACAGCUACAGUUUCAAUAGAACUUUUGCUCAAGAAAUAGUAAAAAAUGAUAAAGAUAGCCAUUCUUGUUUUCGCUUUGGUUGGUGCCAUUGUAGCCCAGCAUCAUCACUACGAGCAGCAUCAUCAUGAGGAAGAGCACCAUGGACCAGUUCACUACGAGUAUCAUUACGAUAUCCAUGACGAUCACACCGGAGAUGUGCAUGGCCAGAAGGAGGAACGCAAGGAUCAUCAUACCCAAGGCGAAUACUAUCUGAUCGAUGCCGAUGGCCACAAGCGCACCGUGACCUAUCAUGUGGAUGGCAAGAGCGGAUUCAUCGCUCAGGUUCACCGGGAACCAAUCAAGGGAUACCAGCAGCCUCAGGAACACCAUCAUCAUCAAACCCACAAGGUGGUGGCCGUUCCAGUUUUUCAUGGAUUCCAUCAUUAAAGUCUGAUUAGUUAUAAUAUAGAUCAAUUGAAUUGUUUUUAA